UUUCGACCAGCAUAGAUCGCAGAUAUGAGCAUCCCACAGUCGUGCGGCCGCCUUUUGCGGAACGUAGAGCGCACUUUUUUGACUUUUCCUUCGGCCUCUACCGCUCACUCAGCUGUAUGCGCAAGUCGCGCAUCUAGAAUCUUACCCUUCCCCCCCGGACCCACACUGGUCAGCACCGUCCGCCAUUAUGACCGGAAACGAUACUUGAGAGAAAAGAAGCGACUGAAAGCACAGCAGAAUCAAGAAGAUGUUUCUUUUGAGGAAGCUUUUUCAGUAUUUCGUACCUAUUGCCUUGGCGAGGAUAGAGUUGUUUCUGCGCAUAUACAGGUCCAUAGACAGGAAGGAACAAGGACCGUGCGAGGGGAGGUGAAUUUGCCUACACAAGUGUCUGCGGAUGACAAGUCUGUCAUUUUGGUGUUUGCAAAAGGGGAGCAAGCGGAGGAAGCCAAAAAGUUAGGGGCGCAUAUAGUUGGUGCGGAAGAGCUCAUUGAGGAGAUCCUAGCGGACAAAGUUGCGUUUGAUAAGGUCCUCUCUACCAAAGCCAUGUUUCCUGAAGUCGUUAAGAUUGCGAGGGUAUUGGGUCCUAAGGGCCUGAUGCCAAGUCCGGCAAAGGGGACUGUAUCGGAUGACAUUCCGAAAAUGAUGAGUGCUUUGCGCGCCUCGUCGAAAUUUGAGGUGGAUGCUGACGGAUUUGUUCAUUUGGAAAUUGGCAAGACGGCAUGGCGAGAUGAAGACGUUUUUGAAAAUAUUCGAGCAUUGCUUACCGCGAUUCUCAGCGUACGACCACCGAAAACCGAUGCGAACAAGUUCAUUGAAAGUGUCAACAUCUCUGCCAAAUACACACCGGGACUGAAAUUACCACUGAAGCCUUUCAAAGCCAUGAAACCUGUCUCUGCGUAAGACCGGCAUCCGUAGCCAAUUCGAUGGAUCGCAACUUCUACAUUGUAUGCAGCGGAUAUCUCGCAUCCACUACUGGUCCUUUAACUCAUCAGCUGAAGGGCUGGAGGGGGAUACAGUCCCCCAUCACUGUAAUUUAGCGCACACCGUAUGAUUGUCCCUGGUUAUACGCUACAUCGUACAGCCUACUUGAUCAUUAAAAUAUCAUGGAAAAAUUACGAUUCCACGUGAGGGCUGCCAUUCUAUUCUAUAAUAACAAUUGAUACGUAUUAAUAUAAAUACGAAUGUCAAUGUCGUCCGGGUAUUACAACUAAG